ACCAAAUCAACGCUUACCAUCACCAUAACAACAAAAUAGAUUCAUGGAGGUUACUUCCUCAUAGGCUCCGAUCAUCACGUUAAAAGUAGUUUGAAACACGAUUGGUCAUUCAUAUUAUUUAAAAAAACAUCACCAAACGUGAUCGUGAAAACAUCAAAAAGAAUCGGAAGUGGUCAUAUUGAACAACAUCUCUCUGAUAUUUCGAUUACUGAAGUAAUAUUAUUAUUAUUUAAAAAGAAUAGAAAGAAUGGGAAAUUCACUAGCUAAUGCCCUUCAUCAAAAAGUUGUGCUAGAAGUAUUGAAAAGAUCUCCGAUAUGGGAAUUGAUUCAUCCAAUAUCAGUGAAUCAAAUUAAGACUUCUCUACCAACACGUUUUGAUGCUUCAGAAAACAUUAAUCCCAAUAAUUUUCAUUAUUACAAGAUUGAGAAUGUUACAUUUAGAGUUGAUGUAUUGAAUCGAUUCUUGGCAUGUUCUGUUAGGAAUUUGGAAAUAACUGAAGGAUAUAUUGAGUACAUUUCUAUUAGAAUACCACACAUGUCUAAUAUGGUAAAUAAUUUAUCGAGUAUUAGAGUGGCAGUAUUUGGAGUUUUAUUGAGUAUUAAAUGGGUGGAUGAAUUUACUGACUUGUCAAAUUCCAUGCUUCAAUCAUCUGUAAUGUUACAAUCAGUUUCGGAUAUGCUUACUUCUCAAUGGUCUGAUAGGAGUGAUAUUGGUGAUGCUUCUCCAAUGACAGAAUUUGGUGAGGGAGAGGCUGUUUUAUUCAGUGCAGUUGAUGCUUUUAUUUCCAAAUUUUCAAUCAAUAUUCAAAACGUGACAAUUAAUAUUUCAAUGCCUCAGAAUCAAGUUAUUAGUUUAUUCAUUCCUCAGGUGGUUUAUUUUGAUAAUACCAAUCACAGCUCUUCUAACAAGGUGUACAGUUAUACUAUGAAUUUAAAGAAUGGAUUUAUUAUUCAAUCUGGAGACAAACCAAUUACAACGGAUAUUGACAUGAAGAACAAUUUCAUGUAUGCCAAUGGUAUGAUUUCUCUGACAGUUUCAGUUGAUGUUCAAAAAUCAAAGAUUAAUCUAUCAGUACAGUGUGACCAGGCGCAUCUCGUUCUUUCACCUUCAAGAAUUGAAAUGAUGCUGAGAAUGUAUGCCUUUAUAUUUGACAAGAAACAACACAUCAAGAGAAAGCAGCAGUCAAAAAUUAGAACAGAAGAUGUUAAAACUGAAGAGAGAUUCUAUAUGGAUUUUAAUUUUGAAGCUGGAAGGAUACAGGGAAUAUUACUCUUCAAAGACCAACAGGAUAUUGAUUGGAAAUCAGAAUUUGGAAUGAUUGAGCCUCAAAAUAUUACAGUUCCUCAUGUUGUUUGUGUAUUCAAUGAUAUUGCAAUGAGAUACAAAUCUGCCUUUGAUGGCAUUCUACACACUACAACAUCAAUUGAUGUUGGCCAAUUAUUUAUUGUGGAUGAGCUUUCAAAAGUCAAAACCUCUGAUGAUACUGCUCUGCUACCACUCACACCAAUAGAAAAUGCCUUGAUGGUUCACAUUGGAGCUGUAAUUGUGGAUAUCAAAUUGAUCACUCUAUUCAAAGAAUCUAUCAAAUUGAUCAGUAGAAUUGUAAAGUUGCAUCAAUCUUUUGAGGAGAAGAAUCCUCAAACUAUAAUUUAUCAGCCCUAUCGAGAUGAGAAUGAUGAUGAUCCAAACGAUAAUAAGGAUCUCUCCACUAUUAUUCGAAAGACAGUUUCACCAUUUGUAAAUAUUGAACUCAUAGAAAUUGACAUUCGAUCAGAGGAGAGUAACACUGUACUAUAUGCUUCAAUGUUUGGUCUUCAAUCAGAUAAUAAUUACAAGUUUGAGGUUACCUCUUCCAGUGUUCACCUUGCAGAUGAAGAUACAGAUAUACGAAGUGAAAUCAUCUCUCUCGCCGAUAUGAGCAUUUCCUUGAGGGAGGACUCGGUAGAGAUUGGAAACAAGAAUACCAGAGCCUCAGGCUCUCUUAAUCAAUACCAAUAUCAUAUUUUAAUGGGUAUAACUAAUGAGAUUUUAUCCAUUCUCUCAUCAAAAGAUAUGGAACAACUUUCUAGCCCUUCACUCGAGGAGACAGACUCCUCUGAAUUUUCAAUACUAUUUAAUUUUAAUGAAUUGGAGGUGUUGCUCUCUGGUGAAUUGUACAGUGUAAUGCUUGCUUUGAGUUCUGUGAGUGGCCAAUUCCAAUUGGAAGGGAAGGAUUCAAAGGCCAUUGUCGAUAUUGGUAAUUGUAAAGUUUCAGAAAGACUUGAUGGAGUAGAGAAUUGCAUUAUUAACAAAUUCUCCAAUCUUUUAAAGCCAUUCACCAAACAAGAUCAAGCAAUCAAGGUAAUCUUCCUUUCUAGCCCUUCAACAACCUUUGUAGAUAUUCAAACAUGUGGACUUUGUAUUGACUUUUCAAUGGAAAAUUUAAAGACCAUUGAAUUUUUAACAAGCUUUUUCAAAACCGAAGAGAGUGGUAGAGAAGAGUCCAAUUCAAUGGACCCUCCAAAAGCUAUGAGUAUUACUGUACAAAAUGAUCAUACCAUACUCAAUUUCAAAUCACCAGAUGCUUCCAUUUACCUCUAUCUCAAUCAUUUGAAAACGAAAAUUUCUCAACAAAGUGAUUGUAAUUGUACUAUAUUGGCCUCCAUUUAUCCAACCCUCUCGAGUGUGACUAAGAGAAAUUUGAUCAAUAUAGAUUUGGAAACAGUGGAAGGAUUUAUUGGACCUCUCAUAACUUCUUCAGAUCUUUCUAAGCGAGCCACUGAUAAUAGUUCCAUAGAUUUUGGUUUUUCAUCCAUCAUGAAAAAGAGCGGAUUUUUCGAGUUAUUAUCAGUGGGUUGUGCAAACUUAUUGAUCAAAACCAAACCAGGUAGUUUUGAACUUGAUAAGGUGAAACUCAGUAAUUCUACUCUUCAUUUCUACUUGUCCAAAACCACUUUGGCUACUCUGACAAGAAUAAUAUCCUCUUUGAAUAAGCCAACCAGCUACAACAACUCUGGUAAUUACAUGAUGGUUGAGGAGAGUGUAAUGGAAUCCAUGUACUCAAUUGCUUCAUCUCAAGUUGAUGAUUACUUUAUUGUUGAUUCUGAUGUGGAAAGUGUUGCAGACGAUGAUUAUGAGGACUACAAGACAAUGACCUUCUCUAAAUUAUUGCCCUACGUGAUUGAUGAAGACUAUGUUGAUAAGCAGAGCUCCAAGAAGAAUCAAUUCCUAUCGAAUGUCAAUUCUACAUUCGAGUUAUUUGUUACUGAUGAUGUGAAUAUAUAUCUUCACUUGACAAAUUCCAAAGAUACAAGAAAUGAAAAGAUGAGUGUAAUUUUAUCUGGAACAUCUUUGAGAUAUGUGGAAUUAACCGAUGAAGAUGAAUCUACCAAAGUUACUAACAUAAGUCUGAAACUGAAGGAUUUAGUAGUUCAUGAUAGGUAUAAUUUAAAUUCUGUUUGUAAAUUCAUUUCUAGGAAACAUUCCACAUACGAUAUCGAUGAAGACUUUCUCUCAGUUGGCCUAAAAAUCAAUAAGGAUAUGGAACAACAAACACACAUUGAAUUGACUGUUCAAGUAGUUCCCAUCAAAUUGGAUGUUCACGAGCAUACAGUUGAUUUCCUUAUUGAUUUAUUCUCGCCACCUGAGGAUGAUUCCUUGAAUACUCGAUCCACCACUUCUGUAGCCACAACAACAGCAAGUAUAACCAGAGAUGGUGACUCUGCCUUAACUAUUUUCGAUCGUGUUAUUAUCAAUGAUAUUACUGUAUUCCUGAACUAUUAUCCAUCCAUUAAAUCUUCUCUGCCAAGAGUUAGUGAUGCCUCCCUAACAAUUACCAGUUUCAAAGUGCUGAGGGGAGACGAAGUAUGUGGUGUUGAUAAUUUGGUUGCCCUCAUUACCAAUCACAUCUUUAAACACUUUACAAAUCCAACAGAUAUUUUCAAAUUAUUACUUGGUUUGAGAACGAUCAAGUCAAUUUAUAACAUUGUGGGAGGUGUUGGCGAUUUGGUCUUUAUUCCAAUAAGAGAAUUCAGAAAGGAUGGUGCGAUGAUACGAGGAGUGAAUAUGGGAAUUUGGAAUUUCAUGAAAACACUCUCACUCAAUACGACCAUGUUUGCUGCAGGAACAGUUGAUGCUCUCCAUAUGAUCUGCACCAAGGUAGAUAAUUACCUCACCGAGGAAGAAGGUCAAAUGUUAUCCUCCAUUGAUAAUUAUCCUCAAUUUUCAGAGACAGGAGUCGCAGAAGCAGCCCUCAAUGAAGUUAAACAAGGUAUUGCAGUAAUUUCUCUUCCAACAUCAUCGAGUUCUGCUGUCCGAGUGGUUGUUUCCCCACUCAGAGGUAUCACAAGUGCACUAUCAAUCAUCUUUAAUCGUCUCGUUGACAAUAUUACCACAACAGAAGAUGGUUCAUCCUCAUCCAUGAAUUCACAAGAUCAUUCUCAUUAGGAAUGAAGGAAUAAAUUUUGUGACAAUCAUUUUAGUAAUUCUAC